AUGUACAAGCUGGUGAUCCUGAUGUGCGCCGUGGCCGCCGCCCACGCCGGCUACCUGGGAGGCUACGCCGCCCCCGCCGUCGCCGUGGCACCUGCCGUGGCCGCCCCCGCCGUCGCAGUCGCUCACGCCCCCGUGGCCGUGGCGCCCGCCGCAUCCUCGUACGCCAACACGUACCGCGUGUCGCAGACCGCCCGCCUCCUGGCCGCCCCCGCCGUCGCCGCCGCCCCUGUGGCCUACGCCGCCCCCGCCAUCCACGCCCCUGUGGCCUACGCUGCACCUGCUGUCGCUGCUCCGAUUCUCAAAUACCACUAAAAUCUAACUUGUGUCUUGUCGACAAUAAAGUGAAGUAUUUAUUACAAUAAGUGCCUUCAAAAUUACACCAUCACCUGUCAUACGUAAUUUGUUACUGGCGUCAAUAAUGGCCGGCAUGUCCAUUCUUAUGCAUGAAAGUGGCAACGUUAAUCAGCGUUCACCCACAUUUGUGUACGCAACCAAUACUUAACACUUUCUAUCCUUCAAAAUGAUGGAAAAGCGUGUCCUGAAAGCAGACACCACAAUCCUGGGAUCCCUUAGAAUAUUACAUUUUUGAAAUGUAACACGUUACUUAAUCCAACAAUGCAGUUGAGUAUUCAGCAUGUAAGUCUGUCGUGCACAAGAUCCAUGAUCGAUUUCUGAUACCGCCAAGAAUUUUUCUUGCGCCAGAAUUCGAAGAGUGUUCGCUCAGCGUAAUGAAUACAA